AUGCCAUCCCAAGCUCUUGUGACUGAAAACGGCGUCGUGGCCCGCACGCUACUCAAUCGCAACGUGGACACGACGGGUCGCUACGAUGUGAUAGUCGUUGGCUCUGGUAUGGGCGGCGGGGUCCCGGCGAGUGCGCUCGCGGACGCUGGAAAGCGGGUGCUGAUCCUGGAGGCCGGCUCCCUGCUCUUCCCAACGCACAUUGGAAACUUGCCCCGGCGCUUGCUCAUCGGCCAGUUCCAGAAGCACAUCUGGUCACUGUGGGAAGACUUCAAGGUCAUAAACUACGACAAAGUAGAAGACUCGGUACAAUGGUGGCCAAGGCUUCAACCUGGGCGGCCGGUCCAUCUUCUGGGGAAGCUUCAUUCCGGACCGUCGCUUGCUAAUGAGGACAAGGUUAGAGGCUGGAUUAAAAAGGAGCAACUCCUGUUAAACCAAGCUAGAAAUUAUCUACAUAGUAAAGCCUAG